AUGAUCUCAUCGCCUCGUCUCAUUGUUUCAUUGCCUCGUCUCAUGGUCUCAUUGCCUCAUCUCAUGGUGUUAUCGUUUCGUCUCCUGGUCUUAUCGCCUCAUCUCAUGGUCUCAUCGCCUCAUCUCAUGGUCCCAUCGCCUCGUCUUAUUGUUUCAUCGUCUCGUCUCAUGGUCUCAUUGCCUCAUCUCAUGGUGUUACCGCUUCGUCUCAUGUUCUCAUCGCCUCAUCUCAUGGUCCCAUCGCCUCGUCUCAUGGUCUCAUUGCCUCAUCUCAUGGUCUCAUCGCCUCAUCUCAUGGUUCCAUCGCCUCGUCUUAUUGUUUCAUCGCCUCAUCUCAUGGUCCCAUCGCCUCGUCUCAUGAUCUCAUUGCCUCGUCGCAUGGCCUCAUCACCUCAUCUCAUGAUCUCAUCGCCUCAUCUCAUUGUUUUAUCGCCUCGUCUCAUGGUCUCAUUGCCUCAUUUCAUGGUGUUAUCGCUUCGUCUCAUGGUCUUAUCGCCUCAUGUCAUGGUCUCAUCGCCUCGUCUCAUAAUCUCAUCGCCUCAUCUCAUCGCCUUAUUGCGAGGUCUCAUUGCAUGGUCUCAUCGCAUGGUCUCAUCGCCUCAUCUUAUUGUCUCAUCACAUGAUCUCAUCGCCUCAUCUUAUUGUCUAAUUUUGACACAAAUGGCAAGCCAUAUAUCUAAGCAACGCACUCUCAGUAACUACGGCAUUUAUUCUCUGUGUGACGAUCUGAUAUUAGCUUGA